AUGAACUUCGCGGUGGGGCUGAAGCCGCUGCUGGCGGAGGCGCGGAGCAUGGAGAGCCUGGAGAAGCAGCUCAUCUGCCCCAUCUGCCUGGAGAUGUUCUCCAAGCCCGUGGUCAUCUUGCCUUGCCAGCACAACCUCUGCCGCAAGUGCGCCAACGACGUCUUCCAGGCUUCCAAUCCGCUGUGGCAGUCGCGGGGUUCCAGCGCGGUGCCGUCGGGAGGACGGUUCCGGUGCCCGUCGUGCCGGCACGAGGUGGUGCUGGACCGGCACGGGGUCUACGGGCUGCAGCGGAACCUGCUCGUGGAGAACAUUAUCGACAUCUACAAGCAGGAGUCGGCCCGACCCCUGCACAACAAGGCCGAGCAGCACCUCAUGUGCGAGGAGCACGAGGACGAGCGGAUCAACAUCUACUGCCUGCGCUGCGAGGUGCCCACCUGCUCCCUCUGCAAGGUGUUCGGAGCGCACAAGGACUGCGAGGUGGCCCCACUGCCGGCCGUCUACCAGCGCCAGAAGGUGAGGGGCCCCGGGAGCCCUUGGUGGGCUGGGGGUACCCGUGCAGCUGCCCUCACACCCGCUCCCCUUCCCUCCCAGAGCGAGCUCAGUGACGGCAUCGCCAUGCUGGUGGCGGGGAAUGACCGGAUCCAGGCCAUCAUCACGCAGAUGGAGGAGAUCUGCCACACCAUCGAGGAGAACAGUCGGCGGCAGAAGCAGCACGUGGGGCUGCGGUUCGACGCUCUGUACGGGAUCCUGGAGGAGCGGAAGAAGGAGCUGCUGCAGAGCAUCGCAGCUGAGCAGGAGGCCAAGCUGCAGCGUGUCCGUGGGCUCAUCCGCCAGUACGGAGACCACCUGGAGGCCUCCUCCAAACUGGUGGAGUCUGCCAUCCAGGCCAUGGAGGAGCCCCAGAUGGCCGUGUACCUGCAGCACUCCAAGGAACUCCUGAAAAAGAUCACGGACAUGUCCAAGGCAUCAAUGAGCAGCCGCCCUGAGCCUGGCUAUGAGAACAUGGAUCACUUCUCCAUCAAUGUGGACUACGUGGCCGAGAUGCUGAGGACCAUCGAGUUCCAGACAGAGCCGCUGGGUGAGGAUGAGGGUGAUGGACCCGGGGAGGGCAGCGAGGCUGCGACGGAGGAGGAUCGGCUGGACAGCCUGGAGGCGCCUGAAGCUGCCGAGGAUGUGGGGCCGAGGCAGAAGCCAGCGAGUUCCCCCCAUGGUCAGCACUGAGGUGACACCGUGGGGCAACGUUGGCAACCCCCAGCUAUGGCUGUCUCUGUCACCCCCUGGCUAUGGCCAUCCCUGGCACCCCUGGCUAUGGCCAUCCCUGGCACUCCCACUCGAGCUCCAUCCCUGCUGCUGGAAUUUCUCAAAUUGCCCCUCUCCAACAUUAAACGUGUGUUAAGGA